AAAGCCCAAAAACAAUUUGUGUGAGACUUCAAACAAGCUCUGCGUAGCUUACUGGUGAGCUAAGCCAAGGGUUUUACCUGAAGAAAAAAGCUAAUGGAACCACCAAAACGCAAACGAAACGACGACGACAAUGACUACAACACCUUCAAACCACCACCACCACAACCAAACGGCAACAUCGACUUAUCACUACUCGAAGCCUUAGAAAAAUCACAACAAAAUCCCGUCGAAUCACUCGACAUCAAAACUGUCAAAAAACACAUCCUCUCAUUCGAACGUCGUUUAAGAGAAAACAUCUCAUCACGUCUUAAAUAUCCAGACCAACCCGAAAAAUUCGCUGAUUCUGAAGUGGAGCUCCAUGAAGAAAUCGAAAAGCUUAAAAUCCUCGCUGGUGGACCCGAAUUCUACCCGGAACUUGUUAAUCUCGGUACAAUCGCAUCUAUUACAAGUCUUCUUAAUCAUGAAAACACAGACAUUGCUAUUGAUGUUGUUGGAUUAUUACAAGACCUAACUGAUGAGGAUGUUCUCGAAGAUAACGAUGAACCAGCACAGGUAUUAGUUGAUGCGUUAGUUGAGAACAAUGCGUUAGAAUUGCUCAUUCAGUUACUAGGAAAAUUGUCUGAUUCGGAUCCGGAUGAGUCAGCUGCGAUUUAUAGUAUACUUGCGACUAUUGAGAAUUUCAUUGAAGUGAAACCCUCGGUUUCGGAGCUUGUGUGUGAAAGGACUAAGUUGAUGAAGUGGUUGUUGACUAGGAUUAAAGUUAGAGAAUUCGAUGGAAAUAAACAGUAUGCGUCGGAGAUUUUGGCGAUUUUGUUGCAGAGUAGUACGGUGAAUCAGAAGAGAUUAGGGCAGUUGAACGGUGUGGAUGCGUUGUUACAAGCCGUAGCGAUGUAUAAAUCGAAGGAUCCUAAGACGCCGGAUGAGGAGGAGAUGGUGGAGAAUUUGUUCGAUGCGUUGUGCUGUUUGUUAAUGCCGUUGGAGAAUAAGGAGAGGUUUGUGAAAUCUGAAGGAGUAGAAUUGAUGAUUAUUAUAAUGAAUCAGAAGAAAAUGUGCUAUGGAUCAGCUAUAAGGGCGUUGGAUUUUGCAAUGACUAAUUAUCCUCCAGCAUGUGAGAGGUUUGUGGAUGUAAUGGGAUUAAAGACUGCUUUUCCUGCUUUCAUGGGUAAGCUACCUCUGAGCAAAAAGAACAAGAAACGCUACAAAGAAGAACUGGAAGAGCGUCUUGUAUCCCUAGUUGCUUCGUUAUUUGGAGGAAUAUUAAGAGGUUCUAGAAGAGAUAGAUUGUUGAGUAAGUUCGUGGAGAAUGAGUGCGAAAAGAUUGACAGGCUAAUGGAGCUCUACAUGAGAUAUUCCAAUAGAGUAAAACUUGAGGCUGAACGGUUUGACCAACUUGAACUUGAUGAUUUGGAGAUGGAUGAAGACGAGAAGUACAAUAGGAAGUUAGAAGCUGGACUUUACACUCUUCAGUUGAUAGCUGUUAUUCUGGGCCAUCUUUGGACCUCUGAGCAUCCUCGAAUCAGAGCAAGGAUUGAACUUUUGCUAAAGCAACAAAAGCUGACUAAGCAAGAUGUAAAAGAUAUACUUCAGGAAUAUCAUGACAACAUAGGAGAUCUGGAAGGGCCAGAAGAGAAGGAGAGGGGACAAUCAAAGAUUCAAAGGUUCAUUUCGGCCUUUUGACCGUAAUUCAGUUAAAAAAUACAGGCCAUAUCCUUAGAAUGCUAUGUCAACUCUGGCUAUUGAAACGUGUAUUGAGAUGAUGUCCUCAGUUGUCUACAGUUGGUCAUGUCAUUGUAUUCGUUGAUGUAGUGUGUAAGAGCUCAGAGCUACCACCAGUCAUUGAGGGUUUACGUUUUUUGACUGAAAAUUUGUUAGUACUGAAUGCAAUUCAGUGUAAUUUGCAGUACUUUAAUUAGUAGUUUUACCCAGUGUAAGUGCAGUAUUUUGUGGAGCGUGUCCACAUGCCA